AUGGAACAACCACCGCUCACACGCACUGUUUCCGCCCUGGAAAGGCACACGAAGGAGUUCUCCGAAGGCGAGAUUGAAGCGCUCAAACCCAAGAUAAAGGGCUGGAAACUACAUGCUUUGCUAGCUUUCUGUGCCGGCGCGGGAUUCACUCUGUUCGGCUAUGACCAGGGUGUCAUGUCCGCUCUGAUUACCGCCAAUCAGUUCGAGGACAUCUUUCCUGAGACCGUGUCGCCUGUUUGUCUUUUCAAUGCAGCAACACUGCAAUCUCUAUUGCUAGCCAUCUACGAAAUAGGCUGUCUCAUCGGUGCACUCUCCAAUUUAUGGGUCGGGGACAAGCUCGGUCGGCGGAGGACGAUCGUCCUUGGCGGGUGUAUCAUGAUCGUAGGCGCGAUACUGCAAACGACAGCGUUCAGUUACCCACAUAUGAUUGUCGCGCGUAUCAUUACCGGCAUGGGGAAUGGAUUGAAUACCUCCACUGUGCCUUCCUAUCAUGCGGAAUGCGCUUCUGCCGAAAGGAGAGGAGCAAUGAUUAUGAUAGAAGGCACACUUAUCAUCUUUGGGUUGAUGAUCUCGUACUGGCUAGACUUCGCCUUCUUCUGGUUGUCCGGUUCGCAGGUGCAAUGGCGCUUCCCCGUAGCUUUCCAGAUUCUCAUCGCAGUCGCCAUGAUGGGUGGUAUUCCCUUCCUUCCCGAAUCACCUCGCUGGCUGGUCAAACACGGCCGAAAUGCCGAAGCGCUCGCCGUUAUCUCCGCCCUGGAAGAUACCGACCACCGAGACCAUCGGGUACUCCAAACGUACGCUGGGAUCUGCGAAGCGAUAGAGGCCGAAUCCGAAGGCGGUUCUGGAAAAGAGAAGCUCAGCGAGCUACUCCACGGCGGCCCUCAGCAGAAUUUUCGACGCGCCACGCUGGGGAUCGUCAACCAGUGUUUCCAGCAGAUCUCGGGGAUCAACCUCAUCACGUAUUAUGCAACGCUGCUCUUCCAGCGACUGGGACUGAACGACGUCAAUUCCCGGAUCAUAGCCGCCUGCAACGGGACGGAAUACUUCUUUGCCAGCUUGAUCGCGAUAUUCAUCAUUGAGCGUGUGGGAAGGAGGCGACUCAUGCUCUUCGGCGCGGUCGGGCAGAGUUUGACAAUGGUUCUCCUGGCCAUUCUCGGUUCUAUCGAUAAUCCCGCGACGCAAAUCGUAUCCGCAGCGCUGUUGUUUGUGUUUAACUCGAUCUUCGCUGUCGGCUGGCUGGGGAUGACAUGGCUGUAUCCCGCAGAGAUCGUAGGAAUACGGAUUCGUGCUCCUGCGAACGCGCUCAGCACAGCGAGCAACUGGAUCUUCAACUUUAUGGUAGUGAUGGUUACUGGCCCGUCAUUUGCCAACAUCUCUUGGAGAACAUACAUUGUCUUCGCUGCGCUGAACGCGUUUAUUGUCCCAGUAGUAUACUUUUACUUCCCUGAAACUGCGGGUCGAUCCCUGGAAGACAUGGACAUCAUCUUCGCUGUGGCUUACGCAGAGGGUGUCUCUCCAGUCAGAGUCUCUCUAAGGAAGAAUCUGCCUAUCGCCGGAUCAGCGGAAGCGGACGAGGUACUGGGGUUGAAGCGUAGCAGAGAAGACCUCAAGGCGACCGAGGUGAAGCAAGAAGUGAGCAAAGUGGAGUAA